AUGAUGAGAUUGCCUGGCCACAACCAUCGCCACAAGAACAGUAAAGAAGACAACGUCACAGCCGAAUCCCGCACCGAUAUCAGCCAGCCAUAUCCUCUGCGCCCAGCGACCAGUCGUGAAGACUCGUCUUUCAGUGUUCGCCAGGGGUCUCAGUACACAUCUGCGAUCAGUUCCGCGCUGAACUCGAAGACAAACCUAUCAGCACGACCAUCGAGCCCCACGCCUAGCGCCCUUUCCGACAUGGCUCGAGACACUGGCGCAUCGCAACGAUCUCCGAGCACAACCAAGUCUCAUGGGCUGUUUGCGCGACUCCGGGGUAGGGACAAGGACAAGGAUAAGAAGGACCGCUCAGGACCACCCGACAACCUGAAGAAUCUCGGAGUGACAGGCAACAUCUCCGUGACAUCGCUCAAUCCGUCGAUCAAUUCGGCCAAGUUCACACGUGCGGAACCUUCCCCACAGUCUCAGAUGUCAAGAGCAAACGUGCAAAAUGGCGCAUCAGACAAGAUCUCGAUGAAGGACGCGCGGAGAGGUCACCAUGCGCGUUUGCCAACUUUUAGGAAAGAGAAGCGCGUGCCUACAAACGAACUUCCGCCGGUCGGCAGAGACCCCAAUCAAGCCACCGAAAACGUGAACAGCGACGCAGUGUUCUACUUGGACCGAGACCUGAAUAACAUGGAGGGAAUCGUGAAUACCCAGCAUCCACCAAUGACGCCGCCCAUUGGCGAAUUACAAAAGCAGCCUACUUUCCCCGGGGACGAACUUCCAAACCCUGCGGCGCCUGAGGACGAAGCGGCCUGGGACGCACCAGACUCUUGGGCAGUCAAGCGGACAAGAGAAGAUGGCUCCUUGUAUGGCGAGGUCGAUGAGCAUGGGGACCCCGUCCAGGAACAAACCGAUACGAAAACCUACUGCCUGCGAAUUUUCCGUGUUGAUUCAACUUUUGCGACCUUAUCAGCGACCCUGAACACCACGGUACAGGAGAUUAUCCAAAUAUUAGGCAAGAAGACAGUGCUCCAGGACGAACUUGACAACUACCACAUUGUAAUGCGAAAGCACGACACUUCACGGCAACUUGAAAGUAAUGAACGUCCUUUAUUUAUCCAGAAACGCCUUCUCGAGCAAGCUGGAUACACGGAUCUCGACCGUCUUGAAGAUGUUGGACGCGAGGACAACAGCUACCUGUGCAGGUUCACAUUCUUACCCGCGAAGAUGAGCGGCUACUCAAGUUUGGAGCGCGAUCCAGGAUUCAGCAAAAUGCAAAAGUUCAGUCACAUCGACCUGCAGGGCCGGAACCUCAUCACCAUCCCAAUUACGCUAUAUCAAAAGGCUACAGAGAUAAUCUCUCUCAACCUUUCCCGCAACCUGUCGCUGGAUGUACCUAAGGAUUUCAUCCAAGCGUGCACUAAUCUCCGCGAGAUCAAGUACACUAGCAACGACGCUAGACGACUACCGCCCAGCUUGAGCUUGGCGAGCCGCCUGACGAUGCUGGAUAUAUCGAACAAUCGCCUGCAGUCACUCGAUCGAUCGGAGCUGCACAAGCUGCAAAGUCUGCAAGGGCUUCGACUGUCGAACAACGGCUUAACCCGCCUCCCGUCUUAUUUCGGACAGUACCGCGCUCUUCGAAGUCUCAAUCUCAGUUCGAACGCGCUGCAUGAGUUCCCCGACUUUUUGUGCGAAGUGCGAACACUGGUGGAUCUCGACAUCAGUUUCAACUCCAUCACCAGUCUGCCAAAGAUUGGCCAACUCACUUGUCUGGAAAGACUCUGGGCGACCAACAACAAAUUGACUGGCAGCUUCCCUUCUGCUCUCAGCAACUUGGUGAAUCUUAGAGAGAUUGACGUCCGGUUCAACGCGCUCGACAGCAUGGAUGUCAUGUCACAGCUGCCGCGAUUGGAGUACUUGAUGAUCGGCCACAACAACAUCUCCUCGUUUGAAGGCUACUUUCCCAAGAUCCGGGUCCUGCACAUGAAUCACAACCCGGUCACUCGAUUCGGCCUCAGUGCGGCAGUGCCAUCACUGACUGCGCUCAAUUUGGCCUCUGCAAAGCUCGCACAGUUACCGGAAGAUUUAUUUGGCAAGCUCACCGGUCUAACAAAGCUCAUUCUUGACAAGAACCACUUCACCUCGCUUUCCAACAACAUCGGACGGUUGUUCAGGCUGGAACAUCUGAGUGUAGCGCGAAACUCGCUCGAUGUAUUGCCGGCUGAAAUCGGACGCUUAAUAGAACUCCGGUACCUGGAUGUACGAGAAAAUAACUUGAGCCAUUUGCCAAUGGAGAUAUGGUAUGCGCGACGCCUGGAGACGCUCAACGUGUCGUCCAAUGUGCUCGACUCAUUCCCCAAGCCGGGCGCAGCACCUCCCGCAGCAGUCACCAACGGUGAAGUCGCAAAUCUUGACGGUGCGAUGCCGAUGCCUGCACCGAGUCUGACUACAACUCCAAGCUACGAAGAACUUGGAAAACUUGAAGAUUUCCAGAACAGGCGGCCUAGCCAGGCUUCCGGUGGGCAGCUAAGCCUGGGGACAUCAUCAGGAUCUUCGCAGAGGAAAGGAUCCAUGGCAUCGUAUAGCACGACGGGCACGGCACGCAAGCCAUCAGUGGCGUCUCGCGCACCAACCGAGGGCACUCUGACGCCAAUGUCGCGUAAGGAUUCAAGCCUCUCAAGUAGGCUCGUCACCACAUUCGCCGGCUCAUUACGGCACGUGUUCUUGGCAGACAAUCGGCUUACCGACGACGUUUUCGACGAACUUUGCUUAUUACCCGAAUUGCGAAUCGUGAAUUUGGCGUACAACCUUAUCUAUGACGUACCAUCACGUACGAUUAGGCGAUGGCAACAUCUGGCCGAGCUGUACCUCUCGGGCAAUGACUUGACAUCCCUACCAUCCGAGGAUCUAGAGGAAGUUGGCUCGCUCAAGGUGCUGCACAUCAACAACAACAAGUUCCAGGUUCUACCGGCCGAAUUAGGAAAGGUUGCACAGCUUGCCGUCUUAGACGUGGCAAGCAACUCGCUCAAGUACAAUGUGUCCAACUGGCCUUAUGACUGGAACUGGAACUGGAACCAUAAGCUCCGGUACUUGAAUUUGUCUGGCAACAAGCGUCUUGAGAUCAAGCCCAGUGGUUCUUAUAGUGGUAGCGGGGUCAACAUGCGCGAAGGUCGCGACUUGACAGACUUCAGCUCGCUCACCAAUCUUCGCGUACUUGGCCUCAUGGACGUUACUAUGAUGGUGCCGUCAGUGCCAGAACAGUCUGAAGACCGAAGAGUGCGAACAGCAGGUUCCGCCGUCGGUAGUAUGGCGUACGGAAUGGCUGACAGCUUGGGUCGCAACGAACACAUCUCAACCAUGGAUAUGGUAGUCCCUCGCUUCCGCAGUCAUGACGACGAGCAAGUGCUCGGAUUGUUUGAUGCGCAACCCCUUGCUGGAGGCGGAUCAAAGAUUGCCAAGUACCUGUACGACCACUUCAAGAACAGGUUCGCUGAUGAGCUGGACCGCUUGCGGCCUCAAGAGUCUCCUUCGGAUGCACUGCGAAGGACCUACCUUGGGCUCAACAAGGAGCUUGCUACCGUUGCUUCGCAGACCCUUGAGAAGAAUGGAUACACUGCACCGCAAGGCCAAGGGCAUAGGGCUUCUGUGCCUGAGCUUGGCGACGACGACCUGACCUCUGGAAGUGUCGCCACUGUGCUGUACUUGAAAGAGAUGGAGCUUUACAUCUCGAACGUUGGUGAUGCACAAGCCCUUCUCAUCCGCUCAGAGGGCGGUCACAAGAUCCUCACUCGAAAGCACGACCCUGCUGAGCCGAGCGAACGAGCUAGGAUACGAGAAGCUGGCGGCUUCGUUUCGCGACAAGGGAAGCUCAAUGACCAGCUCGAGGUGUCGAGGGCGUUCGGUUACGUGCAGAUGUCCCCUUCCGUCAUCGCUUCCCCGCAUCUCAUGAACGUCACUCUCGGCGACACAGACGAAAUGAUCCUGGUCGCGUCCCGAGAGCUGUGGGAGUACCUCUCGCCGGAUUUUGCUGUCGAUGUCGCACGAUCAGAACGUGGAGAUCUCAUGCGCGCUGCGCAGAAGCUUCGUGAUCUCGCCAUUGCCUUUGGCGCCACCAACAAGAUCAUGGUCAUGUUGCUUGGAGUAAGCGAUCUCAAGAGCAAGCAGCGUGCGCGCAACCGAAUCUGGGUUGGUGACUCCAAGCUUGCUCGUCUCGACAAUGAAGUCGACGCGCCAACAGGCGAAGUCAGCUUGGUAUUUACUGAUAUCAAGAACUCGACUUUGCUGUGGGAAACGUAUCCUAUUGCCAUGCGAUCCGCCAUCAAGAUGCACAACGAGCUCAUGCGACGACAGCUACGCAUUAUUGGUGGCUACGAAGUCAAGACUGAAGGUGAUGCUUUCAUGGUUGCUUUCCGCACUGUCACUUCAGCCCUGCUCUGGUGUUUCACCAUCCAGAGUCAGCUGCUCGAAGUACAAUGGCCACAAGAGAUCCUCAACAGUGUCAACGGGCAAGAAGUCGUUGACCCAGAUGGCAACGUCAUCUUCCGCGGUUUGUCUGUCCGCAUGGGUAUCCAUUGGGGAACGCCAGUGUGUGAAGUCGAUCCCGUCACUCGACCCAGGGUUUCGAAGUCAAAGACCUUGGUGAGCGGCGCCUCAAGGGUCUUGAGAAUCCCGGAAUACAUCUACCUCAUGUACCCGCACUCGCUUGCCAGUCGUCUUGCCGUGCAGCGCCAGACAGCUGAGCAGAAACCUGCGCCGGCGAACGAAGCGCAAGUUGGGCAGAAGAUGGCAAACAGCCAACUCACGAUCGAUACGGAAGAUGUCUGGGACCUGUGGAACAUUAGUCUGAGACUAGAGAUGCUGUGUAGUUCACUCGAGAGUCCCGGCUGCUCUGAGCUCAAACCACCGGAAACAGCACUUUUGGAGCGCAUGAAGAGUCGAGGAGGCGAGAUUACGGAUCGGUUCCUGCUGAACUUUGUGGAGCAUCAGAUUAGCAGAAUUGAGUCUUGUGCAAACACCCUUGCUCUCCGCAACAUGGUCCGACCCUUUGGCGCCGCGCCCCUUCUCGACCAAGCUUGCCACAUGGGCGAUAUUUUCGCCGAGUUGGAGGCGAAAUUGCAGCGGUUGGCGUUGUUUGAGAAGGGUGUGCUGGAGGAUAUGGCGCCGUCUUGA